ACAAGUAGGAAACAUCACAAUCAAACUACAAAUCUUCUUGCGAUACACCACUUAAUACUUUUGGGAAUAAUGUGCAAUUCGGAACUAGCAGAAGAGAGAUUCAAAAGGAUCGGUGAAAUGGGCAUGUAGCAAGUUAUCAAUGUGUGAUCCAAUGGCAGAGGAAGUGGCUAGUGAGACUUUUUACUCUCAAUCCCAUAGGCUGCAGUCAGCAGAAGCAAAACAACUCAUCUAUUUGAAAGUUAACAAACCCGUUACCGUCAAGUUUGAAGAUGUGGUGCAUAAAAUGAAAAGUAGCAAAGGGAAAGGCUUGGUAUGCAAAAAGGAGGAAAGUUCUGAGGAGGCACUGAUCUUGAAAGGAAUAAGUGGUGCUAUUUUUCCAAGUGAAUUGUUAGUCAUUUUAGGCCCUUCUGGUUGUGGUAAAACAACUCUGUUAACUGCAUUAGGAGGCAGGCUAAAUCAUGGUACCACUAAAGGAAGCAUAACCUACAAUGGCAAACCCCUCUCAAAAUUAAUGAAGCAAAACCUGGGAUUUGUUGCUCAACACGAUGUCUUCUAUCCUCACCUAUCAGUCACCGAGACACUAGUCUUUUCUGCUCUUCUUCGCUUGCCAAAUAGCCUCUCCAAACAAGAGAAAAUCUUGAAAGCUCAAGCAGUUAUGAAUGAGCUUGACUUGACUCAUUGUAAGGACACUAUAAUGGGAGGGCCACUCCUAAGAGGUGUUUCAGGUGGGGAAUGGAAAAGGGUUAGCAUAGGGCAACAACUUUUAACUAAUCCAAGUCUCUUGCUUGUUGAUGAACCCACUUCAGGUCUUGACUCAACCACUGCUAGGCGAAUUGUGGAAACUCUCUGUGAUUUAGCUAAAAAUGGAAGGACUGUCAUAAUGACUAUACAUCAGCCUUCCAGCAAACUGUUUUACAUGUUCCAGAAGAUUUUGCUUUUAUCAGAUGGUAGAAGCAUGUACUUUGGAAAAGGAGAAAAUGCCAUGAGUUACUUCUCCAGUAUUGGUUAUGCUCCAACUGUAGCCAUGAAUCCAACAGAUUUCUUACUUGAUCUUGCAAAUGGUAUUUAUUCUGAAAAUUUGGAAGAGGAUACAAAUGCCACAAAACAAGUGUUGUUAUCGGCUUUUGAGAGUAACCUUGCAAGACAUGUGAAGACGGAACUUCAAAUUUCCAGGGUUACAUUUCAUGACAAUUCAGAAGAUGAGAUAUUUGGUCAAUGUUGCACAACUUGGUGGCAGCAGUUCCCUAUACUACUAAGAAGGGAUUUCAAAGAAAGAAAACAUGAGCAAUUUUCAGUCCGCAAAAUCUGUCAUGUUUUGUCCAUAUCAUUCUUUGCAGGCUUGCUCUGGUGGCAGUCUGGAGCAGAUCAAAUGCAAAACCAGGUAGGACUACUUUUCUACUAUACACAAUUUUGUGGAUUCUUCCCUAUGGUCCAGUCCAUCUUUACCUUGCCUCGUGAUCGCGAAAUGAUAAUAAAGGAAAGGUCCUUCUACAUGUAUAGACUCUCAUCUUACCUCAUAGCAAGUAAUCUUGUUGAUCUUCCAUUACAGCUAGCCUUGCCAACCCUUUUUGUGACCAUUACAUAUUGGAUGGGAGGGCUAAAAGCCAAUGCUUCAAUUUUCUUUCGAACUCUAGUUAUUGCUCUUCUCUAUGCUUUGGUAUCACAGGGUAUUGGCCUGGCUAUUGGUGCAGUGCUGGUAAAUAAUCAAAGAAUGGCUGCUACAGUUGGAGCUGUGGUUAUGACAUUAUUUGUUCUAGUAAAUGGCUUCUUUGUUCAAAAUACUCCAGCAUUUGUAUCCUGGAUAAAGUACAUAUCUCAUAGCUAUUAUUCCUAUAAGCUCUUGCUAGGAUCACAGUUUAAAGAUUAUAACACUUACCAUUGUGGUCCAAAUGCCACUUGUUCAGUAGGGAACUAUCCUACAAUAAAGCAUGUAGGCCUCGACAAGCAAGGUUUAUGUGUUGCAGCUUUGGUGGCAAUGCUUGUAGGCUACAGACUAAUUGCCUACUUUGCCCUUAGGAUUGGCACUAGACAUAACUAGAGCUUUUCUAUUGAAGAUGUCAAAAUUUCGUUUGAAAGGGAAUACUGGUUAGUUAAGUAUUAUUCUGUGGUUAAUUUUAACAAUAUUUUGCUUUUAUUGUAGUAACUUGUUUAAAGUUGUAUGAAAACCAUGGUUACUAAUGCAAUUGGAAAUGGAAUCCAAUCAUUCAAAUAA